AUGAACGAACAGGCUGGUUCUGGAACGAAGGGCAGGAAUGAACGGCGGGGCUUUGGUGCUCAGGCCUCAAGCGGAAGACGCGAGUUCCGAAGAUUUCGUGGUACGGGAAAGAAGCCAAAUGCCGGAACGGCCCGCCCUACGCCUCCUUAUCAGAAACAAAAUUCAAGCAGUGAAAUGGAAGGGAAUAUGGGUACUUCUGAACAAGGCGAGGUUUUAUUGGAACAAGACACCGUGGUUCAGAGCAGCGUGCCAAAGCCUCCGAAGAAGAGGCCCUGCCGGUUUUUUCGCAGUCGACAAGGAUGUGCAAAGGGCGACGAAUGCCAGUUCAAGCACACAUUACCAAAAGAAAAAUUACCGCUCGAAAUCGAAGCUGCCCCUGAGGUGCCCGACACCGGGUCGAUUCUGCGACAAGCUGCUGUUGAAGUGAUUCCGCGAAAAACUCAAGCCUUUGUCCCGAUGCGUUUUUGUGUAGGGCUCAAGGACAAUGGAAGCGAGGAUGCAAAAAAGAUCAGAAAUGCGGAGAUCAAUUAUUACAAGCGCCGGUAUCCAAGGGGAAAGGUUGACGAGCAGGAAGGGACGACCAUCAUUCAAUUUAUUUUCGAGCCAACUGAUCCCGCCUGGACAUUUGCGAUCAAGAAGAUCCACCUGUCGCUAGGAAUCCCUGCCGGAUUUCCCUUUGAGAAAGUCUUUGCUGCAGUAGAUCGCGGAGAAAACCCGGAAAUGCCGGACAUCCUUUGUGCCUACGUCGAGGAGGCUCUCACGAAAAAUAUUGAGGAACGUUUUGCCCGUAUGGAGGCCGCCGAUGAAUAUGAAGGUCUGGCGAAGGUCUUGUUGAAAUGGUUAGAUACGCACCUUUUCACUUUGUUUUUGGAGGGGCUGCGGCGAACAAAAUUGGUGCUGGAUGCUAGCGCAGCCGGAAUUAGCCUGGUUUUAAACAAGAAGCAGGAACAGACAGCGCCUGUGGAGGAGACUGAAAAUCUGCGAAUCGACGAAUAUUCAGAAGACGAAGAAGAGAGUUCGGACGAGGAUUCUGACGGACGUGAUGAUGACGGGAUCGGCGAAGAAGAGGGGCCUUCAGAAGAUCUUGCUCCGAUUGAUACUGAUCAGCAAAUGGACCGGCUCCCGAAAUUGCCUAUCGAGGUGGUCUUGGCUUGGUCCGAUGCUUCCAAAAACAUCGCUUCCAUCUGUGCCGUGUCGAUGCAACUGAUGGUCCGUUGCACGCGGUGUGCUGAACACAAUGAUCUUGACGUGUCCGUGAGGGAUUCGGCCGUUUUUGGAAGGUGCAAACGAUGCAACAACGCGUACUCCGUUAGACUUCGCGGAGAGCUCGUGCACGAGAAUUCUAAUCUGCUAGCGCAAUGUGAUUCGCGUGCUUGCCGACCGAUCGAUUUUAUCCUCCCGAAUUCGAGGCUGAAGUUCGUCUGCUUUGCAUGCAACAAGGAAGAUGACGUACAGAAAAUCGGCUUUGGUCAGCCGCACAAGUCCUGGUGCCGCAGCUGCCACACCUCCUGUGCAUUCACCAUCUCGGCCAUCCGCUUCCAGGGCGACUUUUCUCGAACAAUCGGCAAGGAUGAACAAGCUUCUAAAGCUUUGCCGGUGGCUAAAAAGAAGCUCGAGAAAGGAGUUGGCAUUGUGGCUGGGCAACCACUGCCGAAUCUGGGCGCUUGCGUUCACUAUAAGAAGAGUUACCGCUGGUUCAGGUUCCCAUGUUGUGGAAAAGUUUAUCCAUGCGAUGACUGCCACGGAGAGAAAGAGAAGGAUCACGAGAUGAAGCUGGCCAAUCGGAUGAUCUGCGGCCAUUGUUCCGCUGAACAGCCUUUCGUGAAGAGCAAGCCAUGUAGCAAUUGCCAGCAGAUGGUCACCCGGUCGAAAUCGCAGUUUUGGGAAGGUGGAAAGGGCUGUCGGGAUCAGAAUAAGAUGAACAGGAACGACGCACGAAAGCACGUGAACAGUCGCCAAAAGACGGUCUCCAAGAAGAAAGUUGGUGAUCUGGUCGUCAAAAAGAAGCCC